AUGGCUGCACUCGGCUGCACCAGGAUGCGCUGGGCUCUGUUGCGAGCACGGGUAGCGGGCAUUGGCUUCCGCUCACCGGAGUCCAGGGCCAAAGCCACGCUCCCUGCCGCCUUCCCCGCGGCGGAGGCAGCCGCGCCUAGAGGAACUGGGCCUGGAGACCAGCCGUUGCGGAGCCCAGAGGAGCUUCCAAGGCCGGGGCAUCUGCGCAACUUAUUCCAACUGUUGGUGCAAGGCUACGUGCUGCACAUGCACCAACUCCAGAUGCUGUACAAGGCCAAGUAUGGGCCAAUGUGGAUAACCUAUCUAGGACCUCAAUUACAUGUGAACCUGGCCAGUGCCCCACUCCUGGAGCAAGUGAUGCGGCAGGAGGACAAAUACCCAGUACGGAGUGACAUGGCACUAUGGAAGGAGCACCGGGACCAGCAGGGCCUGUCCUAUGGGCCUUUCACCAUGGAAGGGCAUCAGUGGUACGAGCUGCGGCAGGCUCUAAAUCAGCGGAUCCUGAAGCCAACAGAGGCUGCGCUCUAUACCAAUGUUCUGAACGAGGUGAUAGAUGACUUCCUGGUUCGGCUGAACCAUGUUCGAGCAGGGAGUACAUCAGGGGACCACGUGCCAGAUGUGGCUCACCUCUUCUACCACUUUGCCUUGGAAGCUAUUUGCUACAUCCUGUUUGAAAAGCGUAUUGGCUGCCUGGAGCCAUCCAUCCCUGAGGACACCUCAGCCUUCAUCAACUCUGUUGGGCGCAUGUUCCAGAACUCUCUCUAUGCCACCUUCCUCCCUAAAUGGACCCGUCCCUUUCUGCCCUUCUGGAAUCGAUACCUGGACGGCUGGAACACCAUCUUCUCUUUUGGGAAGAAGUUGAUUGAGCAGAAAUUCAAGGAGGUGGAGGCUCAGGUGCAGGCAGGGAAGCCAGAUGAGGUCCAGAUAUCUGGCUAUCUGCACUUCCUGCUGACCAGUGGACAGCUCAGUCCUCAUGAGGUCCUGGGCAGCCUGCCUGAGCUGCUCAUGGCUGGAGUGGACACGACAUCGAACACACUGACGUGGGCCCUCUACCAUCUGACAAAGAACCCAGAGGUCCAGGAGGCCUUGCAUGAAGAGGUGAUGGGUGUGUUGCCAGAUGGGCAGGUGCCCCAGUAUAAAGACAUUGCCCAUAUGUCCUUGCUCAAGGCUGUGAUUAAGGAGACCCUACGCCUUUAUCCUGUGGUCCCCACAAACUCCCGGAUCAUUGUAGAAAAGGAAAUUGAAGUUGGUGGCUUCCUCUUCCCCAAGAAUACCCAGUUCGUGCUCUGCCAUUAUGUGGUGUCCCGGGACCCCAGCAUCUUCCCUGAGCCUGAGAGCUUCCAGCCCCGCCGCUGGUUGAGGAAGAGCCAGCCUAAUGCCCUUGGGGCCCUCCACCCUUUUGGCUCUGUGCCCUUUGGGUAUGGGGUCCGGGCUUGCCUGGGUCGCAGAAUAGCUGAACUGGAGAUGUACCUGCUGCUGACAAGACUGAUCCAGCAGUACAAGGUGGUGCUGGCCCCUGAGACAGGGGAAUUGAAGAGUGUAGCCCGGAUUGUCCUGGUUCCCCACAAGAAGGUGGGCCUGCUCUUCCAGCAGCGACAGUGCUGA